CGUCGGUCCCUGUCCUCUCGGAGGUUUUCAAAUCCCAUUCUGGAUGUUUAUGCAUGCAGGUCUGAAAGAUCACCGCAACCGCCACGGAGCGCGAAGCAGUUGAGACGGAACCAUCGCGGGACGGCUCACUAUCACGUGGCUGGACGCGGAGGGGCGCGGCGGGGUCAGGUGAUGCGGGCGGAAGCGAGAUAGUUCGAGCGGGGGAAGCUAUUGAGACCAAGCUCGUGGCAACAACGGUCUCCGAUGGCGUAUCACUACCGGCCGCAGCAACCGGCCAACAACGGCCUUCCCGACCAAGGCUUCCUGUGGAAUGUCUUCCAGAGAGUUGAUAGAGACCGAAGUGGUGUUAUCACUGAAAGUGAGCUUCAGCAGGCUUUAUCCAAUGGAACAUGGACACCCUUCAAUCCAAAGACUGUCAGGUCCAUCAUUGGAAUGUUUGACCGGAAUAAUAGAGGAGGAGUGGAUUUCAAUGAAUUCAUGGGUCUUUGGAAGUACAUAAUUGACUGGCAGAACAUCUUUCGAACUUAUGACCGGGAUAACUCUAAUUUCAUCGACAAAAACGAACUUAAACAGGCAUUGUCAGGUUUUGGGUACCGUCUGUCAGACCAGUUCUACCAUGUCCUCCUUAAUAAAUUUGACCGACAAGGGCGAGGACAGGUAGCCUUUGACGAUUUUAUUCAGUGCUGCAUUGUCUUGCAGAGACUGACUGACUUAUUCAGGCGAUAUGAUACUGACCAGGAUGGCUGGAUUCAAAUUUCAUACGAACAGUACCUCAACUUGGUCUUCACUGUCCUAUAAACGUUUAAUACUUUAUAAACCUUUGACUGUAGCCAACUUUUGAGUCAGGUGAUUGUUGCAGAUUAUUAUGUCACAACUUAGACUUAAUUGAGAACACAAAAGUUAAAUACUGAUGUAAAUCUUAAAGGCAUAAUGUACAAGAAAAUGUUGACCAAUUUCUUUUUAUAAAAUGAAGACAUUUAACUCCUUUAAUAUUGGCAGUUGCUUUUUGCAUGCAGAUGUGCCAUACAAUAUUUUGUUGCAUCUGUAACAAAUGAGUUGAUUAACUAUUUUAGAUAUAUAAUAGCCAAGCCCAUCUAGAGCAGGAGAAGCUUUUAGUUAUGCAUGGUGCCUUAUGAAAUUAACUGUAAUGCAAGUAUUUAGUCCAAACUGAGUAAAUCUGUAAACCUAGGCAAGCUGUACCCUGGUAAAUUUAGUUGUUUCAUUUUAAAUUCUUUGUAAUUUAUAUUAAACAAAAUAUGUUAAUAGUUUUGAAAUUGUAAUGGGUAUCAUAAAGCAUCAUGUAAUAUGCACAGACUUGAGCUUUUUGUACUUAGCAGGGGAAAUGCCAUUUAUGAAACUUGAUCUUGUAUACACAAUGCUCUAAACAAGUAGAAGUGGUGCCAAAUAUUUAUCUACUGUAACAUUUAUAAUGCUAACAGUAAUUCAAAGUGAAAUAAAUCUUACUUUUGUUAUCUGAA